GCCGCGGCGCGCGCGACGUCCGUGGCGGCGCCCGCGGCCCCCUCGGGCGCCGAGGAGGUCGUGCUGCAGCCCAUCCGCGAGAUCUCCGGCGCCGUGCAGCUGCCAGGGUCCAAGUCGCUCUCCAACCGGAUCCUCCUCCUCUCCGCCCUCUCCGAGGGAACAACGGUGGUGGAUAACCUGUUGAACAGCGAGGAUGUCCACUACAUGCUCGAGGCCCUGGAAGCCCUUGGACUCUCCGUGGAAGCAGAUAAAGUUGCAAAAAGAGCUGUGGUUGUUGGCUGUGGUGGCAGGUUCCCAGUCGAAAAGGACGCCAAAGAGGAAGUAAAGCUCUUCUUGGGUAAUGCUGGAACUGCAAUGCGGCCAUUGACGGCAGCUGUAGUUGCUGCUGGUGGAAAUGCAACUUAUGUGCUUGAUGGAGUACCAAGAAUGAGGGAGCGACCUAUUGGUGACUUGGUUGUCGGUUUGCAACAACUCGGCGCAGAUGCUGAUUGUUUCCUUGGCACUAACUGCCCACCUGUCCGUAUCAAUGGCAAAGGAGGGCUACCUGGUGGCAAGGUUAAGCUCUCUGGUUCCAUUAGCAGUCAAUACCUGAGUUCCUUGCUGAUGGCUGCUCCUUUGGCUCUUGAAGAUGUCGAGAUUGAAAUCAUUGAUAAACUGAUCUCCGUUCCUUACGUUGAAAUGACAUUGAAAUUGAUGGAGCGUUUUGGCGUGACUGCGGCGCAUUCUGAUAGUUGGGACAGAUUCUACAUCAAGGGAGGACAAAAAUACAAGUCCCCUGGAAAUGCCUAUGUUGAAGGUGAUGCCUCAAGUGCGAGCUAUUUCCUGGCUGGUGCUGCCAUCACCGGAGGGACUGUGACUGUCGAAGGUUGCGGCACCACCAGUUUGCAGGGUGAUGUGAAAUUUGCUGAGGUACUUGAGAUGAUGGGAGCGAAGGUUACAUGGACUGACACUAGUGUAACUGUUACUGGCCCACCGCGUCAGCCCUUUGGAAGGAAACACCUAAAAGCUGUUGAUGUCAACAUGAACAAAAUGCCUGAUGUCGCAAUGACUCUUGCCGUUGUUGCCCUCUUUGCUGAUGGUCCAACUGCUAUCAGAGAUGUUGCCUCCUGGAGAGUGAAGGAAACCGAAAGAAUGGUCGCGAUCCGGACCGAGCUGACGAAGCUGGGAGCAACGGUGGAGGAAGGCCCGGACUACUGCAUCAUCACGCCACCGGAGAAGCUGAACGUCACGGCGAUCGACACCUACGACGACCACCGGAUGGCGAUGGCCUUCUCCCUGGCGGCCUGCGCCGAGGUGCCAGUCACCAUCAGGGACCCCGGGUGCACCCGCAAGACCUUCCCCAACUACUUCGAUGUGCUAAGCACCUUUGUGAAGAACUAG